GUUAGUUACUUUCCGCCUAGACUAAUCCUGAGAUGAGUGGCCAGCAAUAGAAGUUUUCAGAUUGCCCCGUAAUGAGGCGCGACAUGGUGAUUGAUAAACAGUCAGAAGUUGUCUUUUAUUAAUAUAUAAGGGAAAGUAAUGAGUAGCUAUUUUUACAUCUUAAAAAUGUAUUCGUAUUCUAAAAGUGUUGUAAUGAUUAAGAUGUAGGUGUUUCAGAAAAGCAGCAAAGUUUCAUUUUAAGUGGAAAAUGAGCCCAAUGACAUGAUGGAUAAUAUACAUAGUUUGGAUCCCCGAAAACAGGAGCUACUGGAGGCAAGGUUUUUUGGAGGAAGGGGAUUCACUUUUUCUCACUUAUCGCCAGAUCAACAGCAAAGACUAGUUCAAGCAUGCAGCUUCUCAGCAAUGCAAAAUUCUAACCACUCGCAGGGUUUGAGUGGAUUUAUUCCAUCACAAGGUGGUAGUGGUAACUCUUCUCAGCCUCAUAAUGACAACUCCAACCUCAGUGCAGCAAGUGGUUCUAGUGACAAAGAUAUAGAUAGUCCAGAAAAGCAGUUUAAUAGAACACCUCUAGAAAGAAAACGGAAGCGGAAAGAUGAUCAAGGAGGAGGAAAAAAUGUAAGAGGAGAGAAUGCCAAAAAAUUAAAUGAAUAUCUUAAGAAUCAAGUUCUUAGUCCUAGUCGUUAUGGAGGGUCCAAGUCACCAACAUCUCAAACAUAUUACUUGGGUAACUCAGGCUCUCCUCAAGCAAGUAUGAGUAAUAAUAUUGAUUGCUCAAGCAUGCUCUUCAUAUCCCAAAGGCCAGUACAAAUUUCCCACCGAACUGUUCAAACAGAUUUGACUAACAAUAAAAUAAAGGAGGUGGAGAGUAAAUCUGCAAUGGACUUAGAAAUCAGAGACAAUAGAAUAGAAGAAUUACAGAGGACAAAUGAAGAACUUCGUAGACAACUUCAAGCUCAACAGAAACUAAUAGAAAAACAAAAAGAACAGCUAACAAAAUGUACAGAUGUAACUAAACAACUAUUAAUUGAAAAGUCCACGAUGGAAAAGAAACAAGCUAGACAAAAAUGUAUGCAAAACCGGUUGAGGCUGGGGCAGUUUGUUACCCAAAGACAAGGAGCAACAUUUGUUGAAAACUGGGUGGAUGGGCACGCCUUUACGGAACUGUUAAAGAAACAAGAGUUAAUAGCAGCUGAAAGAGAAGAAAUAGAAAGGCAGCGUAAAUCUCUAGGGAAGAAGAAGACAAGUACUGCUCAACAGAAAACUAAAGCUAGUAAUGGAAGUUCACCAUUCUUAAAUGGAGAUUUCUUGAAGCCUGAUGCUCCAAAAGAACGAACAUGGCAUGACUACUAUGAACAAGAAGAAAUUCUCAAGCUAAGGCAGGCUGCACUUAAGAAAGAAGAUGCUGAUUUACAGUUAGAGCUGGAGAAGCUGGAGAGAGAGAGAAAUCUUCAUAUCCGAGAACUAAAGAGAUUACAUAAUGAAGACCAAUCAAGGUUUAACAAUCACACAGUAUUGAAUGAAAGAUACCUUCUUUUGACUCUACUUGGAAAAGGAGGAUUUAGUGAAGUACAUAAGGCUUUUGAUCUUAAAGAACAACAUUAUGUAGCUUGUAAGAUUCAUCAAUUAAACAAAGACUGGAAAGAUGAUAAGAAGGCUAAUUACAUAAAGCAUGCUUUAAGAGAAUACAAUAUUCACAAGGCUUUAGAUCAUCCACGAGUAGUCAAGCUGUAUGAUGUGUUCGAGAUUGAUGCCAAUUCGUUCUGCACUGUGCUAGGUUAUUGUGGUGGUCAUGACUUAGACUUCUGCCUCAAGCAGCACAAGAGCAUCCCAGAGAAAGAAGCCCGUUGUAUCAUCAUGCAGGUGGUGCAUGCUCUCAAAUACUUGAAUGAAAUCAAGCCUCCCGUCAUUCAUUAUGACCUCAAACCUGGAAACAUCUUACUAGACAGUGGCACUACUAGUGGGGGAAUCAAGAUAACAGACUUUGGACUUAGCAAAGUCAUGGACGAUGAAAAUUAUAACCCUGAACACGGCAUGGACUUGACUUCUCAAGGUGCUGGAACAUAUUGGUAUCUUCCUCCAGAAUGUUUUGUUGUUGGCAAGAGUCCACCUAAAAUCUCUUCAAAAGUAGAUGUUUGGAGUGUUGGAGUAAUUUUCUACCAGUGUCUGUAUGGCAGGAAGCCAUUUGGUCAUAACCUUUCCCAAGCAACAAUUCUUGAAGAGAACACCAUUUUAAAAGCUACAGAGGUUGACUUCCCUGCCAAGCCUGCUGUUAGUAAUGAAGCUAAGCAAUUCAUCCGCCGCUGUCUCCAAUACCGGAAAGAAGAUCGCAUUGAUGUAUUUGGCAUGGCAAAUGAUGACUAUUUCAAAUCCAACUAUGGCAAAUAUAGCCGACAAACCAGUUCAACAGAUAGAUCAUAGCCUUCUUUAAGGGGAACAGAAUUUUGAGGAUUUUGUUUCUCAAAACUGCAGUAGCUAUUUAGCUUGUCAACAUGCCAUUCUAAAUACAAAGGCUCUGCAUUGAUGUGGGGUGAUGCUGGAGAGAGCUGGUGCCAAAGAAUAGUGUAAUGAAUAUACAUUGUACUCAAUCUACCUUUCCUGAAAACACCGUACGCCAGAUCAGCAACAUGAUCUUCUUCUGUUUAUUCUCUGCAUUUUCAACAGCAGUCAAUAAAUUCAGAAAUCCUAAUGUAUACAAGGAAAAUAAUGUGAUGGAACCACAAAGGUAGUGGCACUUGUAUGCAAAUUUCUCUCCAGUUUGAGUAGCAGUUGCGUUUAAUCUCAGGUGACAUCUCUACCCUUGUGAGCCUAGAUGUGCUCAGUGUAAUAUAAACUGUACAGAGUUUAGAUGAGAAAGGAACAGCAUAAAUACUUUAUGAGUGUGUGUGUGUGUGAAUAAUUCUAUAAUAUGAAAACUACAACAUAUUACUUUUGUGUAGAAAAGUUAAAAACUAAGGGGUUUAAUCUGAUCAAUUAAUAGUCCAAACCAUCUCUUCCUGUGAAUAGUAUUUAAAGUUUGACCUCUUAUUAUAAAUUUAGGUGAAUUUUAUUGAAAAAAAAGGAGCAACUUCUUCAAAUUGCUGAAAAACUGCAGUCCAGUAUUUAUCAAGUCAGUGUUACAGUAUUUACUGAAUCAGUAAUAUAUCUUCAAUUCACUGAGUCAGAUAUUCAGGAUCUCCUAGUCCAUCAUUUGAGACCUUACUAAAUCAGUUUGUUCGUCAUGUAGGGAAACAAAUGUUGUGUUCUGGAUUAACAAUUUAUUAGUUUCUCAGUCAUAACUCUAUACUUAAUCUACAUAAAGAAUUAUUGUAUAAUACUUUAUUUUUACAGGCUCAAUAUUUUAGUGGUUUACUGAUGUGGUUGCUAAAUAACUACUAAUUCCAAAGUCUACAGUUAACCACUGGACCUAUUGAUAGAGUAAUCCAUUUAGUAAUGUUUGGCACAAUUCUUCUCUAUUUUCUCUGUUAACUACUCAAUACUCAGGAAUGUAUUUGACAGUAAGCAUUAUCAAGAUAUUAACUGAGCCAUUCAUUUUACUAACUAUAUGAUAAUCUCUUUGAUAAUUACUGAAUUAGCCCUUCAAUUUUAUUUAAGUAAAUCAACACCUCAGUAUCUUCAGUCAGCAAAUACUCAAUUAACCAUUCAAUGCCUCUUGGUUCACAAUUUCAACAAAUAGUACGUUUGUUAUACAUUAAUCCAGAAUCAGUCUUAACAUUUAGUUAAUUUAUAUUACAUAAUUAACACUAAGUAAACUUUAGUACCUAAUAAACUUAUGGUAUAUUAGUCUCAAAGUGGGUUCCUCGUCAUCGAAUUUAAACUUAUGGAAUAUUAAUCACUGAGAGUAUGUUAGUAUCAAGUAAAAUUAACUAACAUUAACUACCAAACUAAUGCCUAGCAUAUAGCAACCUACCUUACUGAAUUAAUUCUGAAUCAACUUUUAAAUUGAAAUUUGAGUUAAUAACUUUUGAAACAUCUUAGUGUCGGACCAGGCAUGACCUGAUGGCUAGCGUGCCAGAUUGAAUCUUAGGGUUCAUUAUUUGCAUCCUUUGCCAUAAAAACUUGUUUUGCAGUUGUGAGUACAUUAUAGAAGUAACAUUCAAAUCCUACUAUUCAAUUUAGAGUAGCACAAGAGUUGGUGGUGCAUGCUGUUGACAGGCUGCCUUUCGUCUAACUUAACAGUUCUAAAUUAUGAAAAGUUUAGUGCAGAUAGCCCUCGUGUAGCUUUGCACAAUUUUCUGAAAUAUACAAACCUUAAUGUCAAUCUUUUGAUAACUGUUGGUUUAACUCUUGAGAAUCCUUCUAAUGAAUUAAAUCAUUCCUGUUGAAUCAAUUGUUUAACAACUGUUUGACUAACAAGUUUCAUUACCUUCUGAAUUAUAAUUUCUUUAUCAUCUUGAUUGAUGCAUUAGUUUUCACUGAAUCAUAAUAAAACUUCAGGUAAUUGCUUGAUUAUCACUUCCAUUUGUAUUGGAACAUCAUCAACAUUUGCUGAACCGGUAUCUAAAUUUCCUCUGAAUCAAAACUUCAGUAGCUACUGAAUCUACAGUUUUUUAUUUACAUCUGAAUCUGUCAAAUCAACAUUUUAUUAUCUUCUGGAUUAAAAAAAUCAGUUUAAACUGAACCCAUCUUAGUACUUGUGAGAGUGUUACUUUGUUAUCUGCUAAAUCAACACAUUGGCAUAUAUUAGAUCAACAUUUCUGUAUCUUCCAAAUAGACUUUGUGGUGUCUACCAAGGAAAUACUUUGUUUUAUAUUAGAUCAGCUCAAACAACAGCUCAGUUGCCACUAGACUAAGAGUUUGAUACCAACUGGAUUGGCACUUGGUCACCACUUUGCCAGAUUUGACAAUAGCUAAGAAACUUUCAGAGUAAAAUAUCAGAAAUCAAACAAUGGACAAUUACUGGAUACAAAAGGGGUAUUUCCUUUAUUAAUUUGUUUGCAUUUUAACAAUGCAAAGUGAUUGUGAUAGACAGCAGAGGGUCUCUUUUCUCAACUGAUUAUUAACUUAGUCAUUGUCACAGCUCUGACAUCAAAUUUGUUGUUACAAAUUAUCUUGUAUAUUAGAUGUUUGUGUGGUGUAGGUCAGCAGAUCUGUAUUUUUUUUUUCCUGAAGUUCAUCCAAGAUUACCUUCAGUUAAUGUAAGUCAGGACUCCAUUUGAUAAAGAUGACCCAUCUCAAUAGAACAGCAAUGGCUGGCAGUUCCUUGAAUGUUGAAAACUGAAGACAUAAAGUCUGUGAUAAUAAAAAACAAAUGUCUCUGUCUCAUGUUUCUAUUUAAAGAAAGAACACAAUAAGCUUCCUGAACAAAUAUUUCACAAACUAAUUAUAAAAUUUCUUUUAACAGCAUUUCUAGUCAGUACAAUAAAACAUGUGGGUCACUAGUCAUUUUGAAAUAACAUACUGGUCAAAACUGAAAUUGCUCUGUUUGUGAUUGGACUGUUGGCAUAGAUGAUGCAUG